AUGGCGCGUGUCUACGCCGAUGUCAACCAGAGCAUGCCCCGCAGUUACUGGGACUACGACAGUGUUAACAUCAGCUGGGGUGUUCUGGAAAACUACGAGGUCGUCAGAAAGAUUGGCCGUGGAAAGUACUCUGAAGUCUUUGAAGGCAUCAAUGUUGUCAAUUACCAGAAGUGCGUCGUCAAGGUGUUGAAGCCUGUCAAGAAGAAGAAGAUCAAGCGAGAGAUCAAGAUUCUUCAAAACCUGGCUGGCGGUCCCAAUGUUGUCGCUCUGCUCGAUGUUGUUCGCGACUCGCAGAGCAAGACACCGUCUCUGAUCUUCGAGCAUGUCAACAACACCGAUUUCCGAAGCUUGUACCCCAAGUUCAACGAUAUUGAUGUCCGAUUCUACAUCUUCGAGCUCCUCAAGGCCCUCGAUUUCUGCCAUAGCAAGGGAAUCAUGCACCGUGAUGUUAAGCCACAUAACGUUAUGAUUGAUCAUGAGAACCGAAAGCUUCGUCUGAUUGAUUGGGGUCUGGCCGAGUUUUAUCACCCUGGUACCGAGUACAACGUUCGCGUUGCCUCUCGUUAUUUCAAGGGCCCUGAAUUGUUGGUCGAUUUCCAGGAGUACGAUUACAGUCUCGAUAUGUGGAGUCUUGGAGCCAUGUUUGCCUCCAUGAUCUUCCGCAAAGAGCCUUUCUUCCACGGCAACAGCAACUCCGAUCAACUUGUUAAGAUUGCCAAGGUCCUCGGCACCGAUGACCUUUUCGACUACAUCGAUAAGUACGAGAUUGAGUUGGAUGCACAGUACGACGACAUUCUAGGCAGAUUCCAAAAGAAGCCCUGGCACAGCUUUGUUACGUCAGAGAACCAACGAUUCGUCUCCAAUGAGGCGAUCGAUUUCCUCGACAAGCUAUUGCGAUAUGACCAUCAGGAACGUCUGACUGCCAAGGAGGCCCAGGCUCAUCCUUACUUUAACCCAGUUCGGGAUCCCGAGGUCUUCAAGCAGCACCUUGCAGCUGCGAGCGGCGCUGCCAACAAGUCUUGA